GUGUUACCUGAAGCACCCAGCGGACACAACGCCGAUCUGAACGCCGGCACCAGCGCAAGCACAGCUGCCACCUCGCCGGUCUGCCAGGAGGAAGUGGAGAUGCGGGCGGCGCUGCAGUUCCUCAUGCGCCAUAUGGUAAAGCGGGCGGUGAUGCGCUCCCCCAUCAAGCGUGCGCUGGGCCUGGCGGACCUGGAGCGGGCGCAGGCCAUGAUCUACAAGCUGGUGGUGAACGGGCUGCUGGAGGAGCCCAGCGGGGGGAAGGCCAAACCCGGAGUGAGGAGUGAGCCAGAGGGCGAGGGAGAGGGGACGGAGGGCGAGCAGCUGGCACAGACCCCCGUCACCACCAGCCCCUCCGCCUCCAGCACCACCUCCUUCAUGAGCUCCUCUCUGGAGGACACCACCACCGCCACCACCCCGGUCACAGACACAGAGACCGUCCCCGCCUCCGAGUCCCCGGGCGUCAUGCCUCUCAGCCUACUCAGGCAAAUGUUCUCGAGCUACCCGACCACCACGCUGGUUCCCACCCGUCGAGCUCAGACUCCUCCGGUGUCCUCGCUGCCGACGUCUCCGUCUGAUGAGGUCGGCCGCCGGCAGAGUCUCACCUCCCCGGACUCGCAGCCCUCCAGACCGCAGAACAGGACCGGGACCUCUCUGUCGGACCCGAGCAGCAGGCUGUCCACGUCUCCGCCUCCUCCGGCCAUCGCCGUGCCGCUGCUGGAGAUGGGCUUCUCUCUGCGCCAGAUCACCAAAGCGCUGGAGGCCACCGGGGCUCGAGGAGAAGCAGACGCUCAGAACAUCACGGUGCUCGCCAUGUGGAUGAUCGAGCAUCCGGGCACCGAGGACGAGCACGACGAGCCUCACUCCAGGGGCAGCGGCGUCGGCGGGGAGGGCUCAGACUCGUCCUGUCCCGGUGCGACGGCGGCUGCUGGAGGCAAAUCUCUGGACCGGAGCCCGUACCUGUGCUCGCCCGGAGACAUCGCCAGCGCCGACGCCUCGGAGAUGGAGGAGGGCUUCAGCGAGAG